AUGCGUUAUUGCAAUAGUUGUUUAUUGAAAGACAUUAUUGAAAUGGAUGAAACUUUUAAAGUAAAAGAAAUAGAAUCUGUAGAUAGUUUAAAUGAAGUGUUGAAAAUAGUCGUGGGUGAUUAUACGGAAACAUUAUAUUAUGAAUCGUUUGAUGAUGAAGAAGAAGGAUUGUGUUACAGAAAUGAUGAAACUGUGCAGAAACAUAAGAGAAAGAAAAACGCUGUGCUUAAUGCUCGAGACGGAGAACAAGGUGGCAAUCUGCCAGAUAAUGACAAUACUGACAAUGAAACGGAACAGCUAGCAAUUGAUACUAUUUAUCGUGAUCUAUUCUUGUGGGCAAUUCUUAUGAAGCGUAUUGAUAUGGCUAAAGUAUCCAUGGCACAUAUGAAAAAUCGUAUUUGUGCAGCAUUGAUUGCGACAAAAAUAUUAAAAUAUUAUCUACAAAUUGCACCCUAUAAUGAUAUAAAAGAUGAAUAUCGAAAUGCAGUCAACUAUUUUGAACAUUGUACAACUAACUGUCUCGAAUUAUGCCAUGAAAAUGAUCCAAAGAAAGCAAAUGAAUUGACUAUUAGACAAAUUGAUCUAUUUGGUGGUGUUACAUAUCUACAGCGGAUGAUUUUUUUUAUUGAUCAAUCAAAUUGUCUACAAGCAUUACAUAAUAUUUGGUAUGAUAAAAUAUAUCCAGAUCAAUCCAAGAAACAUUCAAAACCAGCGUUAGUUUUUGGUUUCAUUACACGUGGAUUAUUGGCACCCGCAUUGAUUCGAUUUCGUCAGCAGAGAGAAAAUACACAGGAGAAACGUGUACGAAGGUUUAAAAAAAAUGGUAUCAGUUACAAUGAUCCAUACGAAUUGACACAUUCAAAAUUAAUAAAUAAUCGCUAUUUCAAUAAAAUAUUAUUACCAUUCAUCCAUUUUCAUCAAGCAUUGCAAACAAAAUUUUUAUAUCAUUGUGUACAAUAUAUAUAUUUUGUAUUAUUAUUCAGUUAUGUUUUAUUAUUUAAAUUUGAACAACCGACUAAUGGAACUCCAGCAAUAAAUUGGACAGAAAUAUUAUUAUAUAUUAUGGGUAGUUAUGCAUCGCAAUCGGAUAGUUUUUAUGCUGCAAGAAUCGUGAUGGCAUAUGAUUUAGAAAUAUGGAUACUUCGUUCUCUAUCAUUUAUUAAUGUUAUUCCAUUUUUAGGAUCAUAUUUAGUUGCUAAUGGAAAAAUGCCCAAAGAUCUAUUAUUUUUUAUGAUCUUAAUUGGCAUUGUUAUGACAGCUUAUGGUGUUACAUCUCGAUCAAUGUUUAUUGAUAAAUUAGAAUUUACUGGUCGUGAAAUAUUUCGAAAAAUUGCCUGUCCUGUCUAUUAUUUAAUGUUUGGUAAUGUUGGUGAUGAACUUAGCUACUUAGAUUGUAAAUAA